AAGAAACACAUGCGGACUCACACAGGGGAGAAACCCUACAGCUGUGAGGAGUGCAGCAGACAGUUCAGUCAGCUGGGUAGUCUGAAGAAACACAUGCGGACUCACACAGGGGAGAAACCUUACAGGUGUGAGGAACACAUGCGGACUCACACAGGUGAGAAACCCUACAAGUGUGAGGAGUGCAGCAGGCAGUUCAGUGAACUGGCUGAUCUGAAGAAACACAUGCGGACUCACACAGGUGAGAAACCCUACAGGUGUGAGAAGUGCAGUAGACAGUUCAGUGAGCUGGGUAGUCUGAAGAAACACAUGCGGACUCACACAGGGGAGAAACCCUACAGGUGUGAGGAGUGUGGCAGGCAGUUCAGUCAACUGGGUAGUCUCAAGACACACAUGCGGACUCACACUGGGGAGAAACCCUACAAGUGUGAGGAGUGCAGCAGACAGUUCAGUGAGCUGGGUAGUCUGCAGAAACACAUGCGGAGUCACACUGGUGAGAAACCCUACAAAUGUGAGGAGUGCAGCAGGCAGUUCAGUCAACUUGGUAAUCUCAAGGCACACAUGCGAACUCACAUAGGUGAGAAACCCUACAAAUGUGAGGAGUGCAGCAAGCAGUUCAGUCAGCUAAGUCAUCUGAAGAGACACAUAAGGACUCACACAGGUGAGAAACCCUACAAGUGUGAGGAGUGCAGCAAGCAGUUCAGUCAUCUGGGUAACCUGAAGAAACACAUGCGGACUCACACAGGGGAGAAACCCUACAUACACAUGAGGACUCACACAGGGGAGAAACCUUACAAGUGUGAAGAAUGCAGCAGGCAGUUCAGUGAGCUGGGUAGUCUAAAGACCCACAUGCGGACUCACACAGGGGAGAAACCGCACAGAUGUGAGGAGUGCAGCAAGCAGUUCAGAAAGCUGUGUAAUCUCAAGACCCACAUGCUGACUCACACAGGGGAGAAACCCUACAAGUGUGAAGACUGCAGCAGGCAGUUCAGUCUACUGGGUAAUCUGAAGACUCACAUGCGGACUCACACAGGGGAGAAACCCUACAGCUGUGAGGAGUGCAGCAAGCAGUUCAGUGCCUUGGGUAGUCUUAAGAAACACAUGCGGACUCACACAGGAGAGAAACCCUACAGGUGUGAGGAGUGCAGCAGGCAGUUCAGUCGGCUGGGUCAUCUGAAGUCUCAUAUGCUGACUCACACAGGAGAGAAACCCUACAGGUGUGAGGAGUGCAGCAGGCAGUUCACUCAACUGGGUAAUCUGAAGAAACACAUGCAGACUCAUACAGGAGAGAGGCCCUACAAGUGUAAAGAGUGUGACAGGCAGUUCAGUCAGCUGAGUCAUCUGAAGACGCACAUGCGGGCUCACACAGGUGAGAAACCCUACGGGUGUGAGGAGUGCAGCAGACAGUUUAGUAGGCUGGGUAGCCUGAAGAAACAUAUGCGGACACACACAGGUGAAAAACCCUACGGGUGUGAGGAGUGCAGCAGCCAGUUUAGUAGGCUGGGUAGCCUGAAGAAACAUAUGCAGACUCACACAGGUGAGAAACCCUAUAGGUGUGAGGAGUGCAGCAAGCAGUUCAGUGAGCUGAGUAAUCUGAAGAAACACAUGCGGACUCACACAGGUGAGAAACCCUACAGGUGUGAGGAAUGCAGCAGGCAGUUUAGUAGGCUGGGUAGCCUGAAGAAACAUAUGCAGACUCACACAGGUGAGAAACCCUACAGGUGUGAGGAAUGCAGCAGGCAGUUUAGCAGGCUGGGUAGCCUGAAGAAACAUAUGCAGACUCACACAGGUGAGAAACCCUACAGGUGUGAGGAGUGCAGCAAGCAGUUCAGUGAGCUGAGUAAUCUUAAGAAACACAUGCGGACUCACACAGGUGAGAAACCCUACAGGUGUGAGGAGUGUAGCAGGCAGUUCAAUCACUGGAGUGCUCUAAAGUGUCACAUGCGGACUCACACAGGGGAGAAGCCAUACAGGUGUGAGGAAUGCAGCAGACAGUUUGGUCGGCUGGAUAGUCUGAAGGCUCACAUGCGGACUCACACAGGGGAGAAACCCUACAGGUGUGAGGAGUGCGGCAAGCAGUUCACUCAGCUGGGUAACCUCAAGGCACACAUUCGAACUCACACAGGGGAGAAACCCUACAAGUGUGAGGAGUGCAGCAGGCAGUUCAGUGAUCUGCGUAAUCUGAAGAAACACAUGCGGACUCACACAGGGGAGAAACCCUACAGGUGUGAGGAGUGCAGCAGGCAGUUCAAAGAGCUGGGUCAUCUUAAAAAACAUGUGCGGACACACACAGGGGAGAAACCUUACAGGUGUGAGGAGUGUAGCAAGCAGUUCAGUGAGCUUGGUAAUCUGAAGCAACACAUGCGAACUCACACAGGGGAGAAACCCUACAGGUGUGAGGAGUGCAGCAGGCAGUUCAGUCACUUGAGUCAUCUUAAGGUACACAUGCGGACUCACACAGGGGAGGAACCCUACAGGUGUGAGGAGUGCAGCAGGCAGUUCACUCAGCUGGGUAGUCUGAAGAAACACAUGCAGACUCAUACAGGUGAGAAACCCUACAGGUGUGAGGAGUGCAGCAGGCAGUUCAGUCAGCUGGGUAGUCUGAAGAUUCACAUGCGGACUCACACAGGUGAGAAACCCUACAGGUGUGAGGAGUGCAGCAGGCAGUUCAGUCGGCUGGGCUAUCUAAAGGUCCAUAUGCGUACGCACACUGGUGAGAAACCCUACAGGUGUGACGAGUCGGAGAAACCCUACAGGUGUGAGGAAUGCAGCAAGCAGUUUGGUCGUCUGGAUAGUCUGAAGGCUCACAUGCGGACUCACACAGGGGAGAAACCCUACAGAUGUGAGGAGUGUGGCAGACAGUUCAGUCAGCUGGGUAGCCUGAAGAGACACAUGCGGACUCACACAGGGGAGAAACCCUACAAGUGUGCAAAAUGCAGCAAGCAGUUCAGUCAGCUUGGUAAUUUCAAGGCACACGUGCGGACUCACACAGGGGAGAAACCCUACAGGUGUGAGGAGUGCAGCAGGCAGUUCAGUUAUCGGGGUCAUCUUAAGAGACACAUGCAGACUCACACAGAGGAGAAACCCUACAUGUGUGAGGAGUGCAGCAGGCAGUUCAGUGAUCUGUGUAAUUUAAAGAUUCACAUGCGGACUCACACAGGAGAGAGGCCCUACAAGUGUGAGGAGUGUGGCAGGCAGUUCAGUCGGCUGGGUGAUCUGAAGAAACACAUGCGGACUCAUACAGGGGAGAAACCCUACAGGUGUGAGGAGUGCAGCAGGCAGUUCAGUCAUCUCUGUAGUCUCAAGUUACACAUGCGGACUCACACAGGGGAGAAACCUUACAGGUGUGAGGAAUGCAGCAAGCAGUUCAGUCUGCUGGGUAGUCUUAAAACUCACAUGCGGACUCACACAGGUGAGAAACCCUACAAAUGUGAGGAGUGCAGCAGGCAGUUCAGUCAGCUGUGUAAUCUCAAGACACACAUGCAGACUCACACAGGUGAGAAACCCUACAAGUGUGAGGAGUGCAGCAGGCAGUUCAGUCAUCUGGGUAAUCUCAAGACACACAUGCGGACUCACACAGGGGAGAAACCCUACAGGUGUGAGGAGUGCAGCAGGCAGUUCAGAAAGCUGUGUAAUCUCAAGACCCACAUGCUGACUCACACAGGUGAGAAGCCGUACAGGUGUGAGGAGUGCAGCAGGCAGUUCAGUCAGCUGGGUAAUCUCAAGGCACACAUGCGGACUCACACAGGUGAGAAGCCCUACAGGUGUGAGGAGUGCAGCUGGCAGUUCUGUCAGCUGGCUCAUCUGAAGUCUCACAUGCGAACUCAUACAGGGGAGAAACCCUACAAGUGUGAGGAAUGCAGUAGACAGUUCAGUCAGCUGCGUGAUCUAAAGACACACAUGCGGACUCAUACUGGGGAGAAACCCUACAGGUGUGAUGAGUGUGGCAGGCAGUUCAGUCAGCUGGGUAGUCUUAAAACUCACAUACAGACUCACACAGGUGAGAAACCCUACAGGUGUGAGGAGUGUAGCAGGCAGUUCAGUGAUCUGGGUAAUCUGAAGAGACACAUGCGGACUCACACAGGUGAGAAACCUUACAAGUGUGAGGAAUGCAGCAAGCAGUUUAGUGAGCUGAGUAAACUGAAGACCCACAUGCGGACUCACACGGGGGAGAAACCCUACAGGUGUGCAAAAUGCAGCAAGCAGUUCAGUCAGCUUGGUAAUUUCAAGACCCACAUGCGGACUCACACAGGUGAGAAACCCUACAAGUGUGAGGAGUGCAGAAGGCAGUUCAGUGAUCUGAGUAAUCUGAAGAGACACAUGCGGACUCACACAGAGGAGAAACCCUACAAGUGUGAGGAGUGCAGCAAGCAGUUCAGUCAGCUGGGUCAUCUGAAGACACACAUGCGGACUCACACAGGAGAGAAACCCUACAGUUGUGAGGAGUGUGGCAGGCAGUUCAGUCAGCUGGGUAGUCUGAAAACACACAUGCGGAGCCGGACUCACACAGGUGAGAAAACCUACAAGUGUGAGGAGUGCAGCAAGCAGUUCAGUGAACUGGGUGGUCUGAAAGACCACAUGCGGACUCACACUGGGGAGAAACCCUACAGGUGUGAGGAGUGCAGCAGGCAGUUCCGUCGGCUGGAUGAUCUGAAGACCCACAUGCGGACUCACACAGGGGAGAAACCCUACAGGUGUGAGGAGUGCAGCAGGCAGUUCAGUCGGCUGGGCUCUCUGAAGGACCAUAUGCGAACGCACACUGGUGAGAAACCUUACAGGUGUGAGGAGUGCAGCAGGCAGUUCAGUCAACUGGGUCAUAUGAAGAGACACAUGCGGACUCAUACAGGUGAGAAACCCUACAAGUGUGAGGAGUGCAGCAGGCAGUUCAGUGAACUGGGUGAUCUGAAGACACACAUGCGGACUCAUACUGGGGAGAAACCCUACAGAUGUGAGGAGUGCAGCAAGCAGUUCAGUUAUCUGUGUCAUCUCAAGACUCACAUCCGGACUCACACCGGUGAGAAACCCUACAGGUGUGAGGAAUGCAGCAAGCAGUUCAGUCUGCUGGGUAGUCUUAAAACUCACAUGCGGACUCACACAGGUGAGAAACCCUACAGGUGUGAGGAGUGCAGCAGGCAGUUCAGUGAUCUGCGUAAUCUGAAGAACCACAUGCGAACUCACACAGGGGAGAAACCCUACAGGUGUGAGGAGUGCAGCAGGCAGUUCAGUCAGCUGGGUGAUCUGAAGAAACACAUGCGGACUCACACAGGGGAGAAACCCUACAGGUGUGAGGAGUGUGGCAGGCAGUUCAGUCAGCUGGGUCAUGUGAAGUCUCACAUGAAGACUCACACAGGUGAGAAUCCCUACAAAUGUGAGGAGUGCAGCAAGCAGUUCAAUCAUCUGUGUAAUCUCAAGACACAUAUGCGGACUCAUACAGAGGAGAAACCGUACAGGUGUGAAGACUGCAGCAAGCAGUUCAGUCAUCUCUGUAGUCUCAAGAUACAUAUGCGGACUCACACUGGGGAGAAACCCUACAAGUGUGAGGAGUGCAGCAAGCAGUUCAGUCAGUUGGGUAGUCUUAAGAAACACAUGCGGACUCACACAGGUGAGAAAUCCUACAGGUGUGAGGAGUGUGGCAGGCAGUUCAGGCAGCUGGGUCAUAUAAAGGACCACAUGCGGACUCAUACAGGAGAGACGCCCUACAGGUGUGAGCAGUGCAGCAAGCAGUUCAGUCGGCUGGGUAGUCUGAAGGAACACAUGAGGACUCACACAGGUGAGAAAUCCUACAGGUGUGAGGAGUGUGGCAGGCAGUUCAGGCAGCUGGGUCAUAUGAAGGACCAUAUGCGGACUCAUACAGGAGAGAAACCCUACAGAUGUGAGGAGUGCAGCAAGCAGUUCAGUCAUCUUGGUCAUCUAAAGUCUCACAUGCGGACUCACACAGGUGAGAAACCCUACAGUUGUGAGGAGUGUGGCAGGCAGUUCAGUCAGCUGGGUAGUCUGAAAGACCACAUGCGGACUCACACUGGGGAGAAACCCUACAGCUGUGAGGAAUGCAACAGGCAGUUCAGUUAUCUGUGUAAUCUGAAGAACCACAUGCGAACUCACACAGGGGAGAAGCCCUACAGGUGUACGGAGUGCAGCAAGCAGUUCCGUCAAUGGAGUACUUUAAACUCUCACAUGCGGGCUCACACAGGUGAAAAACCCUACAGGUGUGAGGAGUGCAGCAAGAAGUUCAGUCUGCUGUUUCAUCUGAAGAGGCACAUGUUGACUCACACAGGAGAGAAACCUUACAAGUGUGAAGAGUGCAGCAGGCAGUUCAGUGUGCCGCAUAGUCUGAAGACACACAUACGGACUCACACAGGUGAGAAACCGUACAAGUGUGAGGAGUGCAGCAGGCAGUUCAGUGAGCUGAGUAAUCUGAAGAAACACAUGAGGACUCACACAGGGGAGAAACCCUACAGAUGUGAGGAGUGCAGCAAGCAGUUCAGUUGGCUGGAUAGUCUAAAGAAACAUAUGCGGACUCACACAGGGGAGAAACCUUACAAGUGUGAGGAGUGCAGCAUGCAGUUCAGUCGGCAGGAUAGUCUGAAGACACACAUGCGGACUCACACAGGGGAGAAACUCUACAGGUGUGAGGAGUGCAGCAGGCAGUUCAGUGAGCUGGGUAAUUUGAAGGCACACAUGCGGACUCACACAAGGGAGAAACCCUACAAUUGUGACGUCUGUAGCAGGCAGUUCAGUCAGCUGUGUAAUUUAAAGGCACACAUGCGGACUCACACAGGUGAGAAACCCUACAGGUGUGAGGAGUGCAGCAGGCAGUUCUGUCGGCUGGAUGAUCUGAAGACCCACAUGCGGACUCACACAGGGGAGAAACCCUACAAGUGUGAGGAGUGCAGCAGGCGGUUCAGUAAGCUGGGUAAUCUCAAGGCACACAUGCGGACUCACACAGGGGAGAAACCGUACAGGUGUGAGGAGUGCAGCAAGCAGUUCAGUAACCUGGGUAAUCUCAAGACACACAUGCGGACUCACACAGGGGAGAAACCCUACAAGUGUGAGGAGUGCAGCAGGCAGUUCAGAGAGCUUGGUCAUCUGAAGAAACACAUGUGGACUCACACAGAGGAGAAACCCUACAGGUGUGAGGAGUGCAGCAGGCAGUUCAGUCAGCUGUGUAACCUCAAGAAACACAUGCGGACUCACACUGGUGAGAAGCCUUACAAGUGUGAAGAAUGCAGCAGGCAGUUCAGUGAGCUGGGUAGUCUUAAGAAACACAUGCAGACUCACACAGGUGAGAAACCCUACAGGUGUGAGGAAUGCAGCAGGCAGUUCAGUCAGCUGUGUAAUCUCAAGGCACACAUGCGGACUCACACAGGUGAGAAACCUUACAAGUGUGAAGAAUGCAGCAGGCAGUUCAGUGAAUCGAGUAGUCUAAACUCUCACAUGCAGACUCACACAGGAGAGAAACCCUACAAGUGUGAGGAAUGCAGCAGGCAGUUCAGUCAGCUGGGUACCCUGAAGAGACACAUGCGGACUCACACAGGGGAGAAACCCUACAGUUGUGAGAAAUGUGAGGAGUGCAGCAAGCAGUUCAUUCGGCUGGGUCAUCUGGAGAAUCACAUGCGGACUCACACUGGGGAGAAACCUUACAAGUGUGAGGAGUGCAGCAGACAGUUCAGUGAGCUGGCCAAUGUGAAGAGACACAUGCGGACUCACACAGGUGAGAAACCCUACAAGUGUGAGGAGUGCAGCAGGCAGUUUAGAGAGAUCGGUCAUCUCAGGACUCACAUGCGGACUCACACAGGUGAGAAACCCUACAGGUGUGAGGAGUGCAGCAGGCAGUUCAGUGUCUUGUGUAGUCUUAAGAAACACAUGCGGACUCACACAGGUGAGAAACCCUACAAGUGUGAGGAGUGCAGCAGGCAGUUUAGAGAGAUCUGUCAUCUCAGGACUCACAUGCGGACUCACACAGGUGAGAAACCCUACAGGUGUGAGGAGUGCAGCAGGCAGUUCAGUGUCUUGUGUAGUCUUAAGAAACACAUGCGGACUCACACAGGAGAGAAACCCUACAAGUGUGAGGAGUGCGGAAGGCAGUUCAGUCAGUUGUUUAAUCUCAAGGCACACAUGCGAACUCACACUGGGGAGAAAUCCUACAAGUGUGAGGAGUGCAGCAGGCAGUUCAGUCAGCUGGGUGAUCUGAAGAAACACAUGCGGACUCACACAGGGGAGAAACCCUACAGGUGUGAGGAGUGCAGUAGGCAGUUCAGUCAGCUGGGUAGUCUGAAGAUUCACAUGCGGACUCACACAGGUGAGAAACCCUACAGGUGUGAGGAGUGCAGCAGGCAGUUCAGUUACUUGGGUCAUCUUAAGAAACACAUGCGGACUCACACAGGGGAGAAACCCUACAGGUGUGAGGAGUGCAGAAGGCAGUUCAGUCUGCUGUGUAAUCUGAAGGCACACAUGCGGACUCACACAGGAGAGAAACCCUACAAGUGUAAAGAGUGUGACAGGCAGUUCAGUCAGCUGAGUCAUCUGAAGACGCACAUGCGGACUCACACAGGUGAAAAACCCUACGAGUGUGAGGAGUGCAGCAGCCAGUUUAGUAGGCUGGGUAGCCUGAAGAAACAUAUGCAGACUCACACAGGUGAGAAACCCUACAGGUGUGAGGAGUGCAGCAAGCAGUUCAGUGAGCUGAGUAAUCUGAAGAAACACAUGCGGACUCACACAGGUGAGAAACCCUACAGGUGUGAGGGAUGCAGCAGGCAGUUUAGUAGGCUGGGUAGCCUGAAGAAACAUAUGCAGACUCACACAGGUGAGAAACCCUACAGGUGUGAGGAGUGCAGCAAGCAGUUCAGUGAGCUGAGUAAUCUGAAGAAACAUAUGCGGACUCACACAGGGGAGAAGCCAUACAGGUGUGAGGAAUGCAGCAGACAGUUUGGUCGGCUGGGUAGUCUGAAGAAACACAUGCGGACUCACUUGUGAGAAAUCAUUGUAACUGAGGACUACAAAACCGCACAGUUGAGAGAACUGUGAGUGAGCCUGGUCCUUCGAAAUAUCCAGUUUGCAAAGUCUGACAGGGAAGAAACUCUA